AUGGAGGGAUCACGCAUAUAUACUCCUACGUUAAGCCAGCAGAUCUAUUUGGAAGCAGCCAUGUCACGCGAAAGGGCCGUCUUGGCCCAGGAGAUGAUUGAUGGCGUCAAGAAGAGCCCUUCCUACCGCAUUUAUAGAAGCCGCUGUCCUAGGGGUCAUCGGUUCGAAGUGAAAACCCCAAGAAAUAUAAUGGUGGACAGCAUGGAUGUAGGAAUGGAUUUGAAAGUAGUGGAAAGCUGGCAAAGAACGGUAGAAGCUAAAUCGAGAGGCAUUUGUCUGCUCAACAUGGUCAAUGCCCAUAGCAUGUAG